ACCACACGCUUCAGGCGUCUCCCCGCUUAUAGAAUCCCGGCGAACCCGCAGCUCGCGCGUGCGGGCUGCCUCGAAUUCUGUUCCAAGCCCCCAGGACGAAUUUCGCCGCUGACUGCCAGCCAGCCUGGGAUCGACUACUGUUCACAUGUCGCACAUGUGGAGCCGGCACUGCUGCUGCUGCUGAUGGAUGUCAUUGUGCUUCCGAUGCAGAGGCAGCUGGAAGAGAAACUCCAGCAGAGUUCGGAGAAGAACUUAGAGAAUUCUUGAAGCAGCCAUGGCCGUUUGUUGUGGUCCAACUCCUCUUGUCAAGCUCUUGAACCAGCCGUGCUUGACGACGAGCGAGUUACACAUAACCUCCGUCGCCUGCGGAGCAAGUUACACACGACAGUCCCUUACGAGCCCUCCGUCGCGACACGUACUAGCAGUGUACACACAGCCAGUGCUCUCUCCCUGUUCCAGUUUCUACCUCUAAUUAGCACGGAAGUAACUGUGCUGUAGUACAGGUGUACACAGUUGUACAGUACAGGUGUACAGUACCCGACCGUCGCGGCACUGUGCUCGUCAAGAGCCUUUCGAGUCUACUCCGAGUCGUCAAGGAGCAACCCGCUGCGGUGACCUUUUGGACGGCUCGAUAUCCGUUGUAGUCUGCUCUGCGAGUCGCGACAGAUGAGUCACCACGCUUCCUCCAAGAAAUCCCCCAAGCUCCCAGUCCCCUCUCCCCUCGCUCCGCUAUCCGCCAUUUCUGCCGUGCCGUGGUGAUUGAUGUGAACCAAGAAUCGCCACCCAGUUCGUACCCAGCGUGCCUUGACUUCGAGUUCUAGGGACCCAAGAAUCGCCACAUCGCGGCAGUGCCGUUGGUCGUUUGCCCGUUCUUGCGAGUCGUUGCGUCGCGUCGUAUCGCCGCAUACUGGCCAGUGCUCACGCCGCAACGAGAUACUGGCAAGAGCAGCACUUCCGCCACGGCAGACCCACAACGAGGGCCCUGCCAGGUCGUGCGUCCUUCUUUUCCGUUGCUCGCAAAGAGCAACGCUGCGCGUUCUUCUUCUUUUGAAGCCCCAGUUUUUUCCCGUCCCCGACGUCCCGACGUCCUUGAUAAAGCCGUGAAGACGUUCAGUAAAGACGUGGUUCCCUUUACCAAGCCUUUCGCAGUUCCCAGGAGAUCCAAGUUGGAUAAAAAUCAGCCCACCCCUGCGACCGGACCUUCCCGCAUUCCCCUUACCAAGACUUUCGCUUCUUCUCUCUUUCGUCGCACCGUCCCGCCCGGGGGCCCUCCACCCGUUUCUACCCAUCUCAACCGAUCUCGCUACCCGUUUUUGGCUCCACACGGCCCAGAAGUUCAUCUCUCCUAACACGAAGCGGCACUUAUCCAAUUAACUCGGAGUCCGUCCAUGGCGCCUACAGCUCGCCCCGCCGGGAAGACCCGUCUUUCCGGAAAGACUCGCCGUGCCGCCGCCGCGUCGGCGCUCAGACCGCCCUUUCAACCGCUCCUCCUCAUCCUCCUCUCGCUCCUACUCCUACCGGCCGCUCAAAUCGUCUCAUGUGCGGCGGCAGCGGCGGCGCCGGGGCCUCCGCGCCUGGUGGUGCCGAUGAACGCGUCCGUGGUGCCCGUGCUGCUGCAGCUGCAGAACACCCUCGAGCUCGUGCAGUACAACUGGGCGGGCGCGGGGGACUGCGUCGUGGGGGGAGAAACGGGGGGAGCGGCGGAGCCAUUCCCGCCCAUCCGGGGGAGGGCCGGCGCAGGAGCUGCAGGAUGGGCGGGCGUGACGUGCGACGGACACGGCAACCCCACCCGCUUGGAAUUCCCCCAGCAAGGGCUCACGGGCCACCUGCCAGCUGACGUGUCCACGCUGACGUCACUCACCAAGAUAAACCUGCAGCGAAACCUCAUUAUAGAGCGACUCGAUGUGUUUAUCAAGCCCCUCGAAGGACUAACCAACCUGCAGCACUUAGACCUCUCUUCCAAUUUCCUCUUCGGCAGCAUCCCACCGACUAUCACUGCCUUUCCCCGGCUCACAGUGCUAUCGCUGUCAAGCAACCGUCUCACCGGCCGCGUCCCGCCCCGCCUCUCUCCCCUCCUCUCCACCUUCUCCCUCUCCUCCAACUACCUCUCGGGUCCCCUCCCCCGCACCCCCCUCCUCUGCUCCCUCCCUUCCUCCUCCCUCAACUGCUUCACUCAGCAAGACCUUGCCUCCUGCCUUGCCUACCAAACCAGCUGGGCAGUCUCGGCCGAGCCUCGCUCAGGCUCGGUUGUGCUGGACCUGGCCUCGUUUUUGGAGCAGCAGCGGCCGGAGCAGCAGUGUGGGGAGGCUCUGUGUGGGGGGGUGAGAGCGGGGGCGGGCGGGGGGGAUGGGGGGAGGGGGGAGUAUUGUGGGGGAAGGGGAGUUUGCCGCCCAAUCAUUCUGAGCCCGUCGCUCAAGUAUGGCGAUGUGCUGCCGUGGAUGUGUGCAUGCAACGACGGGGAAGUCAGAAUCAAGGGCAAAUGCGGUCCCCAGUUGGUGCGCAAGAGCUGCCCAUCCCCAUCCCCAUGCCCGCAGCACGCAACAUGCAUGCCCUUCAUCCUCUCACCUCUCGGCUACCAGUGCCAGUGCACCCAUCCCUGCUACGGUGUCCCAGCGCGUGACAACAAAGGGCGGAUCGUGGAGUGCAGGGCGAGAGUUGGGGCCCCUGAGUGUGCUUAUACUGAAGGGAGGGCUGUGGGGGGGGAGGACAUGGAUGGACUGGAGGUGGAAUAGAGGGGGGCGAUGCAGAGUGGGUACCUAAUAAACUAGUAGCUGGGGGAAGCGGAAAUGGAUGUCCAACUAAUACCCUGGAUUAAGUACCUACAUAUAGCAGUUUGAAGGUACAUAAAUAGACCUGGAUGUGCCGCUACGUGUUUGCAGCCGCAAGGCUAUACGUAUAUGGGCAACGUAUAUAGAUUGCGAUGUUUGGUUUGCACUGUUUUGAUUUUACUCGUUACCCGUCUUGGAUGUGUUUGUUUUAUGGUUGA